AUGAGUGAUGCAGACGGUGAACCCAAACUUGAGGAUCACCCCGAACGGGAGGAUCACCCGGAGAACGAGAAUCAGCUCACACGCGAUAACCGCCUUGAACAUGAGGACCAUCCUGAAAGACAUGAUCAGCCCGAACACGAGAAUCACUCCAAACGUGACACCGAGGAGAACGAACCCAUCAACUUCGAAUGGACUCCUGAACUUGUGAAGAUUGGAACCUCUCGUGGCACGAUCCAUCCAUCAAUUGGUCCCCUCACAUUCUACAGGGGCUCCCCGGAAUGCAAGUACCGGCCUGGUAUGGCAUUGCCAGACCCUGCUGAUACGCGGGAGUGUCUGAGGUGGAUUGGACUAUUCGAUAAGAAGAUACUUGAGAUAGAACAGAAGUUCAACGCACUACAUCCAGAUUAUCAAGGACCUCGCUGUGGAUAUGACGAGAAAUUCAUGCAGCAUGCACAUGCCUACAAUGAGAUCACGUUCCCUAAGAUCGAGGAAAUGUUGAAUAUGUUCAUUCGAGGAAUGCAUGAUGACCACGAUGAAUUUGAAUACACUCACAAGGGCUACAUUGAGAAGGGUAUUCAGCUAGGACUUCGGCCAGAAUUUGCGAUAUUCUGCGGACUGCAUGAGACAGAUCCCCGAGCUCUCGAAAAUUCCCAUUUAUUCGAAAAAGGAUGGUUUUCUUUGGGCCCAGCAGAUAUCAUGAGUGAUACCCUUAUCCCAUCUUGGAUGAAACUCAGGGAAUUCAUGGCGACGAAGUUAACAUACGAGGGGAAGGCAUGGAGCGAUCGCUAUGGAAGAUGGUUGGUCCACGAGGGGGAAAGUAUGGAGCAAGCGAAGGCGAGAGUAGAUGAUCGAGAGAUUGAAAGGCUAAAAGAGCAAGCGAUAAAGGAGAAGAAGGAAGCAUUGGAGCGUUUCUAUAGAGAGCAGGCCAGAGAGCGCGCGGAAGACGAGGCAAGAUGGGCAGAAGAAGACAGACUGGAGGCGGAGAAGCUGAAACAAAAAAGCAUAGACGAAGCUGGUCAGCAGAAGGAUGAGGAAUGA